AUGGCCGACAAGAAGACACGGCGGGACCACGAAGCCGAGGUCCGCUCCUGGGGCUUCGACCAUGUCUUCACGUGGUCUGACGGUCCCAAUGCUCACUAUCCGCCACACUCACAUGCUGGCAAAACAACCCACCUCAUCCUCAAGGGCCAGUUGACUAUGACUUACCCCAAGGACGACAGCCCUACCAAGCAGACCCUUGGCGUGGGCGAGAGAUGGGACGUCGAUGCCGGCAGGGUCCACGAGGUCUGGGUGGGAGGCGAAGGAUGUACCUAUGUCAUUGGGGAGUGA